GGGGAAGAAGGCCGGCCAUGUCUAAAACUUCGGAGGCGAAGGGCGAGCUUUCACUUUCGAUUCUCGGGAAAGAUAAAUAAAAACGGGAAACUCCUCCUCCGCCGCCGCCGCCGCCAGGGCGCCGCGCUCUCGCUCCCUGUUCUGCGUCCAGCGCCGCCUGCUGCCCUUCCCAAACACAGCCGUUUUGUGGCUGAGAGGGGCUCCAUUCCCUAACGGCUAAAAAUAUAAAGUUGUGCAGUCGAGUCGGUGUCGACUCCUGUGGCGACCAGAGAGCCAUGUGGAUAAGAUGCUGAUCAGAGGAGCAGCUUGACAAUGCUGCUGAGGUUCCAGCAGGGGUGUCCAUAGAAACCAGAGAACAGGAUUCUAAGGGAGGCAGUUGUGCUGUAAGGCAGUUACUUCUCUUCCAAGGCAAAUGGGAAAUGGAAGCAACAAGGGGCUGCAUAUAGGCGGGAAGAACAAAGAGGAAAUUCAGCAUGGGGAAUAUGAUGAAAUUGCUGAAAUCAGUAUGUCUAUGGAUGAAGAAAUCUUAUCAAUUCCCAUCAGUAACAAUGUUUAUGCAAUUCUUAAGAGGAGAGAGAACUACCUAUGUAGCCUGCUUCAGAAGAAGUUUGGUUGCAUAACUAUCCUGAAGAGUGUAAGAAACCCCAGUGAAGUGUAUAAGAAAAACCUGAAGGAAGGAAUUGAAGUUUCUGUCUGGGUAGAUGAUCUUACAAGACAUGAGGCAGAUGCUUUGGUGAAUGCAGCCAAUGAAUACCUGCAUCAUUUUGGAGGCCUUGCAUUUGCUCUCCUGAAAGCUGGAGGACCAGAAAUUGAAGAGCAGUGCAAGCAUUUCAUUGAAAAGAAUGGACCACUCAGUUCUGGUCAAAUUGCAGUCACCAGUGGAGGAAGACUCCAUUGUAAACAAGUCAUCCAUGCAGUAGGCCCAAGAUGGUCUGAAGGCCAGAGGGAGGAAUGUUGCCUCAAGCUUGAAGCUGCCAUUAUCAAUAUACUGAAAUAUGUUAAUGCUCCUGAAAACAAUAUCAAGUCUGUGGCCAUUCCUGCACUGAGCUCUGGAAUCUUCAACUUUCCACAAAAUUUGUGUGCUCAAGUGAUUGUACGGACUAUAAAGAAUUUUAUCCAGCUAGCUCCACUCUUUGGCUACUUGCAAGAAAUCCACCUUGUGAAUAUUGACGAGACUACUGUUGAAGUGAUGAAAAGGGCCUGUGAAGAGUUGUUAGGUGGUAAUGACAUUGUGCCUCUAAUAAGGGGAACAUCUGAUUCAAUCACAGUCAAUGAUCUCUGCCUGCAGAUUAAAAAAGGAAACCUAGAAGAACAGCAAACUGCCAUUAUUAUUAACUCUGUGAUUGUGCAAGAUGAUCUCUCACAAGGAACCGUUUCGAAAGCAAUUCUGGGGAAAGCAGGUGCAGCUAUGCGAGAGCAGUUUCUUGCUGAGCUACAGAAACUUCCAUCAGGUGACCCAAAACUCAUAUGCACAAAAGGAUACAAUAUUGACUGUGAGUUUGUCCUCCAUGCGAUAUGGCCAUCCUCUAAUGAAGGCAACACUCAGCAGCAGGCACUAAAAACAGCAGUAUCGGAAAGUCUUUUCAAGACUUGGGAGCAGCAGUUUUCAUCAGUUUCUUUCCCACCACUUGGGAUUGAAGAUUUACAUUUGCCAAAGGAUGAAGUGGCAGAUAUUAUGGUGGAGGAAAUAAUAUACUUUGCAAAGGAGCAUUCUGGGAAGAAGCUAGAUGUGUAUAUUGUGAUUCCUCCAGACAACAAUGAUGCAUAUGAGGCUUUCUGCACCAAGCUUAUAUCAGUCAAAAAUAAACUGGAAGAAAAGAUGGACUGCAGCUGUGUAGUAGAUGCUAUGGUACAGACUGACAUACAAGCUAAUGCAUGUUGUGAAAAAAAUGGACCCUUUGUGGAGCUUAUUGGACGAAGUCGUGAAACUCUGGAAGAAGCAGGAAUGUGGCUCAAGAACAUAAUACAAGUUGAGGAAACUCACCGGAUUGUUAUAAAAAAUUAUAAUAUUCUCAAUCUUGGCAACAACCAGCCUGUUGAGCUGUCUCAACUGCAGCAGAAUUUUGGCAUAACCAUAUCAGAGAGUUUGACUGGAGAAGAAACAACACUAGAGAUUGAAGGUUCCCCCCGAGCCAUAAUUGAUGCAACAUUUGCCAUUGAAUUCAUGCUGCAGACUAGAGGCAAGCAAGGAGAACUGAAGACAGAUGGAAACUAUCCUCCUCAAGAAGGGCAUGCAGAGGCAGCUAGUAAAUGCUGUUACCAAGUCACUCCCAUAGAGUCAUACCUUCAAGAAUUCAAGGACAAAGAGAAACAGCUUGAAAAGGCAGGCCUUCGGGUUCUCAAGAUAGAGAAAAUAUAUAAUCCUGUUUUAGAGUCCGCCUUCCAAAGGAUUAAAAGAAAAAUAGAAGAAAAAAAUACUGGAAUGCCAGUAUGUCAUAGGCUAUACCAUCGCGUUCCAGCUCAGUACUGUAGUCUGGUGUGCCAAAAUGGAUUUCAGAAAACCUAUUCCACUUCACAAGAUCAGACAUAUGGUGCUGGCAUCUACUUUAACAAAACCCCCAGAAACCUUGUAGCAGAUACCAAGGAAAAAUGUGAAAUGGACCAUCUGAUCUGUGUGUUUGAGACAGAAGUCAUAACAGGCUCAUAUACCAAGGGCAACCGAAGUUAUGUAGCACCGCCAUUAAUUAAUGCAAGUGGCAUGAAAAUUUAUGACAGCAUAGUUGAUGAUAUUCACAAUCCUGAAAUUUUUGUUAUUUUUAAUAGGGAACAAGCUCUACCUCUGUAUUUACUGACUUGCUCUCUACUUUGGAAUCCAGAGCAGAACAACAAUUUGGAGCCAUCAGCCCCAAAUCUAUGAGACCUUGAAGUUUGUCAGAACAUAGGCAGCAAAUUUGAUUGCGGGUGUGAGGUUUAGAUAACUUACAUCCAAGGCAGUUCUCCAAUACAGCGAAAACUUUCUUGUAUGCCUCAUUGCUUAAUAAGCCAUUUCAGCAAAGAAAGUUAAAAACCAUGUUUUAAUUUUAUUUAAAAUAAAACUGCUGCAUUCACAAGUUCUUAUAUUAAAGUAACAACUUUAAAAAAUC